GAUGGUCCGGAGGAAUUUUACAGAGAGCAUGCAGCGCAGCAUGCAGCAGCGGGCAGUCCAGGGUUGGUGUGGGCGAUCGGGCCGUUUAUGAUAUGUCAAGCCCACUGUCAGCACGAUAAGCAAAGCUAUAAAGUCAGGGGGAUCUAGGAAGAGCGGGACGUGGUCUUCACUUCAGUAACGUUAUUUCUAGCAGUAACUUGGCAGUGAUGUCGGAGUCUAAUAGGAGGGUUAUUCUUCGUUCGCGUCCAGGGGACAGUGGUGUGACGGUAACAGAGAAUUUUGCAACAGAAGAAUGUCCAUACCCAACUGACCUUCCAGAUGGCCAAAUCUUGGUGAAAACUCUAUGCUUGUCAGUGGACCCAUACAUGAGGAGUCGACUGAAUGAGAAGACAAGAGCCGCGUAUCUGCUGCCGUGGAAGGUUGGUCAUACUGUAGAUGGAGGUGGGGUAGCACUGGUUCUGGAGAGCAAGCAUGAUGAUUAUAAACCUGGUGACAUUGUACAAACUUUCUCCCUACCAUGGCAACUGUACAGCCAGGUCAAGGUCGGUCCAUACUUUUCAAAGGUAGAGAAAGCUUUGGUUGGAGACCAUUACUCCUUAGCCGUUGGAACUGUUGGGAUGCCUGGUCUUACUUCCCUGCUUGGAAUCAAACAUAAAGGUCAUUUAGUUCCUGGAACCAAUCAAACUAUGGUCAUCUCAGGGGCUGCUGGAGCAUGUGGAUCCGUAGCUGGGCAGAUAGCAAAGAUCCAGGGAUGUGGACAUGUUAUUGGGAUCUGUGGUACCGAUAAGAAGUGUGAGAUGCUAACUGAGCAGUUGGGUUUUGAUGUAGCUAUUAACUACAAGACUCAGAGUGUGGAAGAGAGUUUGAAGGCUGCCUGCCCUAAAGGGGUAGAUAUCUACUUUGAUAAUGUCGGAGGAAACAUCAGUGAUACAGUUAUAAUGCAGAUGAACAAAGACAGUCAUAUUAUUCUGUGUGGGCAAAUUUCAAUGUACAACAAUUUGCAUCGUGAAUAUCCGCCUCUGUUAGCAGACGAUAUAGCACAGAGACUCAAAGAUUUCAACAUCAAAAGAGAGAGGUUCAUAGUCCUGACAUAUGAACAAGAUUUCCCAGAGGCCUUGGUUCAACUAGCAACAUGGGUCAAAGAAGGAAAAUUAAAGGUAAAAGAGACUGUGACUGAAGGUCUGGAAAACACAGGAGCAGCGUUUGUUUCCAUGAUGUCCGGUGGUAAUGUAGGAAAACAGAUCGUCCAUGUUGCAGACCCAUAAAGAUACAUGUCAGUUUGUUAGUUUACCCAUUUUCGACUGGAACCAGGUUGUUCUUGUAUAAUGAGUGUAGGAAUUACAUAAUUCAGUGGGUUGGUUAACGGAUCUUAAACAGACCUUGGGCAUGGUUCUUCAAGAGUAACAACUACGGUAACUUUGCUUUUAUGGUAACUACCAUCAUAUGGUAACAUGGCUCAUCACCAGCCAAGCACAGUCAAGGGUUCCAUGGUAGUUACCAUAAUGGCAAAGUUACCAUCGAUGUCCUGGGGUCCGUUGCAGAAAGAGUUGCGUUUAAACGCAAGUCAAAAAAUCAAUCGCAAGUCAAAAAUGCGCGCUGUUGAUUGGUUGAAAAUCAAGUUGCGCAUGAUUUUUAGAGUUGCAUUUGAUUGCAACUCUUUCUGCAACGGGCCCCUGAUCAACUUUCUCCUUAAAAGUCAGUCUGUCUUAUUCUAUCAAAUCAAAUAAAUUACAAUUUUGAUGACACUCAACUCUGUGAUCAAAAGCAAUGGAAACCUCUGGAAUAUAGAGUACCAACAUAUUCAGAAUUAAUUUGAUUAUCUUGUAUCAUCAAAUUGGAUAAAAAACAUUCCUUAGCUGGAUUUUGCAAGUUUCGGGCAAGGAGCAGAUAAUGACUUGCCCAUCUUGAUUGUGAUUGACUGCUGAGCCCUAUAACUAUAAAAAUAUAAUCAUAUAUCUUUUUUAAAAUAUAUUUUGGGGGCUAUUCUUGUGAUUCAUUAAUGGAUAUUCUGGGAGUACUUUUCUCUAUUUCCAGGGCUACUUUUCAAUACAAGCUUUUUUGUGUCUACCAGUUUCCAGUGCUCUUUUUUCUUCAAGUUUGAGAGCUACUCAGUCCCAUUGUAUAAACAAUAAUUCACUUGAUUCCGGAAUCUCAGUUAUCUGUAGUAAUGUACAUCAUGAUAAUAAUGUAUGAUCAUUUCUAAUGAGUGUCAUUUUUUAAAGCAAUGUUGCCUAGACUAAAUCACUAUGCUCAUUCUUCUGUUUCCCAAUUUCCUAGUGAUAUGCUGCAUUCAUCAUACCUGAUGCAAAUGUAAUUUGACUAUUUUACAUAUAACUACAUACACAGUUUUUUAAUUUCAUAUGAUCAAAAUUUGUCACUCUGAACAAAUCUCUAGAAGACUCACACUCAAGUCAGCCACAGUCAAAUGUAUACACUUAUACAGAUUAAUGAUUAUUAAACAUCUAGAAAUUAGAUCUAUAGGAUAAGUAGAUAAACAAAUCAGUUUAGAUUUAAACUUAUGUUUACAGUUAAGUUUUACUGCUAACAAAUGCAAGAAUGCCUUAAGAAUUGCAUUGGCCAAAGUUAAUUUAAGUGUAAACUGUCAACCUAGGGCUGAGACUUUAUUUAUUUAACUGAAAUUGGUAGGCCCAGCCAACUUGGCUAAGCCAAGGUUAAACAUGAAAUGAACUUUUAUACACCUUCCUGUGUGAUUGUUUAUGUCCUGCACUUUUAGCAUUCAGCUCGCUUGAAUUUUCUUUGUGUUGGUAGUGUCAGCUAUGGAUGACAGAGUCAUUAGAAACAAUGACCCAAUUGUUUAGUUUACUUUUUGGCAUCGGUUGGCAGCAGGCAAUGCAGUGUAUUACUAACGCCCCAUUUGCAUUUCAUGAAGAGUGAAACCAGUCAAGCCCCCAUGAUCUUACUCUGGACUCUUUGCUGAUUUUUUUUAUUUCUUUUUUUUUUUAAGGGGGGGGGGGGUUGGCCACUACUAGUACUUACUGGAUACACAAAGGAAGCGAUCCUAUUUCAAUAAGUUGCUCACAGAUGCAUUAAUGGAUACAUGACAGAAUCUGUAUCACACAUGUCUUUUGUCUUUCUCAGAUGUCUGCAAUUUUGCGAUCGUUGUGCACUGAUCAUCAUUUCACAGAUAUAUGAUCAUUACGCUACUUCUUUUGUACUUCCAUUUUCUCUUGCGUGAUAUUCCAUGUGGUUGAGUUCAAAUGACAUCUUUCUUCAAUGGCUGGAGAUUGUACAUUCUGUAGUUGCUUGUCUUACAGCCCUCUUAAUCCCUACUCUGUGUGUUGUACACCUCUUUUUAACCCUUGUCCCCCCUUUUCUCAUGAUUUGUUAGUUUAGCUUCUAAAAUGUGGUGUUUCUUAGACAUUCAUGUUUAGCCUCAAGGAAUAUUGCUCCAAUAUACUUUUUUGGGGUGGGCUUUCUCCUCACAUGGGGACUUGCAGCCAGAUUUCCUGAGAGACAAGGAGGAAGGGGGGCGAGAGGAAAUAGGCAUCGCAAAGCAAGCCUUGUCAUGCUGAUGAUUCUCCUUCUCUUGAGACUGCCGGAUUGUACUUCUGUAUUCGCAGUAUUCGUGACAUCGGAAGCACAAUGGCCUUUGUCCAAAGUUUAAAAGGUAUCUCACAAGGCGGUUCAUCUUUGCAAUUUACGUGGAAGGACGAUUCUCGUCUCCAAUAGCCUCUAGGAUUGGCUGGUUCACUUUACAGCAUUUUGCUUCUUCUCUUUAAACAGGAGAACCCAUGAACCAUCAGGGACCCCUUGCAUAAAACUUUUGCCAUAAAAACACUCUGGCAAAUAAACAAAAACUCUGGCAAACUAAAUUAUGCCAUUGAAAAACUCUGGCAAAAAAAUUGCCAGAGUUUUUUAUGGCAAAAGUUUUAUGCAAUGGGGCCCAGGUCUCAUGCCCUCACACUUCAGCACAAUUGUGUUUAAUUUGAAAUUGAUAUUCGACUCAUCUUUACUACAUGUACAUGUACUUGCUAACAUCUCACUGCUUUUCAUUUUGGUGUCAACAUUUCCUUUUACUUCAAAAACAUUAUUCCAAAAGGGUAGCUGUUGCAUCAAGGACAUAGGACAGAGCCAGUUUUCAAAGAGUACAUCUGAAUCAUUAGUCUUUAUUAGGACUUGUCCACAAGAUAUAUGCACCCAUUAGGAACAUCCAGUAUAUAAUAAUGCAUUUUGGUUCUUUUUUACCGCCUUACUGCAAAUAGAACAUGGGUAUUUAACCAUUAUUAAAUAUUAUGUUAAGACUUGCAUGGAAUAUUGAUGUCACUCUACGUAGAUACAUGUAAUGACAAAUAACUUUGAAUGUAGUGCAAUGGAAAAUAUAUGUACAAGAGAGUGCACCAUAAUAGAUGAAUGUCAUUUCAAAUUUGUAAUAAUUGAAACAUAUAACUAUGUAAUCCUUGAGCAAUGAUUCAAUUCAAUUUCAAUUCAAUUUAUUUUCAUUUUUCAACAUAAUACAAAUAAUUACAUGAUAAAUCAAUUCAAUUCAAAUAAAAGCAUGAACAAAAUUCAACAUUGAAUAAAUAAUAUACAUAUUCAAUAAGUGAUUCAAAUAUAAAUUAACAUGUAUGUCAAAUAUAAAUCAAUAUGAUCAAUAUAAUUAAAUUUAAUUAAAUCAAUAUAAUCAUAUAUCAUGAGAAGAAUGGAGGGGUCCACU